GGCGGCGGCAGCACAGGCGAGAAGGAGGUGGGUGCGCGCGGGACACGCGGCUCGCAGUCGUCGCCGCGACUCGGGACCGCGCGCCAGCCGCGCCCUCUCUAAGCGGUGCACGUUGUGAAAGCACGCCUCCGUACGACGACAGCUGUGGCAGUCACUCCUCAACUCUCUCUCUCAGUCUCUCUCUCUCUCGCUGCCUCUAUAUAUGUGCUAUCGACUGGUCACCUCCUAUAUAUAUGUACUCAGUGCAGAGGAUUUCUCACUGUCCUUCUCGGAGCCUGCGGUACCAAAGGACGGCGGUCCGACGACGAACUUCUGUCACCCACCUGUUGCUCUUUUAUCCGCAUCACCAGAGCACGCCCGCGGCGCCUGGACGAAGCGGAUCCCUGUGACUCGCGACUUGGAAGCUGUUAAUAAGAAAGGUGGUGCUUGUGUUGGACGUUUGUGUGAACUUUGAAAGUUGUCCUCCGGACAGCUGCGGGAGAACUUGGAGUAGGUCGCGCGAAUAAGAAAGAAGUUAGUCGCAGCAAAUCGAAACUCUGACUUCUGCCGGAAACGUUCACAUUUCUGUCAAAUUUUCACAUUUCUCGCACACAUCGUGCUUCCCACACUGACUUUGCUGUAGUAGUAACCGCAAGCACCUUCGUUAUGCGUAAUGCAUCCUUACAUUCGCGAACAAAACCCCAUGCAUGAAAAAUAAUUGGUGACUCGGAAUGCCUUCGGUUAUUUCUUCGAUUGCGAGGUUGUUUGCAUCUGGCUUGAACAAUACGAAGUGAGGAGCAAAUAAUCUAAAUUUAGACGAAAAAUACGCAUUCUCUACUUCAAGCCUAUUUGCACAGAUGAUUCGGCAUUUAUCGUUUGCAGAUUUAUGUGAGACUUCAGACUGUGGUGGUUAUAUAAAACGUGUAACUGUUAAACACGCAUCAAAAUCAUACAAGGAAACCAUUUGAACGUAGACUGAAAAUUGAACGUAGCUUUGACGCAGCUUCAAUAAUUGGCCAUUGUCAUCAUGCGACGCAUCGUUAUUGAAUCAUAUAUUUAAACGCUAGACAAACGGGGAAAUGGUGUGCACAUAUGUUCAAAAACUGAUUUUCAUUCUCGGCUCAUGGAAACACGGGCCAUCAGUUUUGUUAAGAUAGGUAAAUGAGUAUCGUUCUCAAUGACUAGAGAUUUCGGACUAUCUGCAGAAAUUUCGAACGUGGUAGAGCAUACGUAAAUGCAGCUGAAGUUGCAGUUUCUCGACAUCCUGGUGCAAUCUGGUGAUUCGAAUAAGUUUUAGUGUAGAAAGGUUUUUAGAAAAAGCCUCUUCUUUGCUUGGCAUUUUAUCUGCACUAACAAGCGAGCCUUGUUUUCUAAGUGAGUUCACGUUCAUCAAGCACAGAAAGACCUGUACAAAUACGUGAAGGGCACACUGUACAUAGAGAGACGGUAUUUUUAUGAUGCACGGGAAGCGUUGAAGUUAACAACAACAACAAAAAAGGCUUCCAGUGCAUGUGGCUAACACAAAUAGCUCUUCAAACUUUCUCGUCACCAGAACUGUCGUCAAGCCUAGUGAGUCAGACUCUCGGGUCAAGGAGUAACUCCUCAAGCGCUUUUGUACCUGCUGAAAAUUUGGUGAACUGAAAGCAAGUUCAAUACCUUCAUCUUAGAUUGUUCGUUUGGUAACACGUGCUCGUUACUUGUAGUGUGAGUGUAAUUCAUGGCUACAUAUUAAUUUAUACCAAUCUCCUACUUUCAAGGAAUCGCAGCCCUUUUCUCUCAACCGCCACAGCUGGAAACGCCGAUAGCAUAUCUAAUCAUUGGGCGUCAUACAAGUUGAAAAACGUCUAAUGUGAGUCUUAUAUUCAUGUGCGCUUUAUACAAGGCGCUUGCCCUUACAGAUAAAAGAAAAACAGAUCGUUAGAAAAAAAAAUAUUCGCAAUCGAGCAACGCAGCGUAAACCUCCUGUAGUCGCCGAUAAGAGUACACAACUCGUAGUCGUCGUGUCUGAUCAUUUAAAGAAUUUUUACAGGCACGCAAUCUGUUCUAGAGAACUGAACUAUUAGUCGUGAAAUUGUUAUGAUUAGACAAGGACAAUAGUAUACUGAAACGUACAUGCAAAAGCACUCGCCCUUGUCGGGAAUCUCAGAAAUUUUUAUCCGCUCCGAAAACUAAUUUUUCAGAUCUGUUAUCAAUUGUUCUUGAUCCGUAAGAGCCUUUCCACUCAGACUCCACCAAUUUCGGGCUAGAGUAUUCGCGUGACCUUUUUGACAGAACCGCGAUUGCGCAAGUGAUCCCAGCAAGAAAGUUUCUUCGAUAGAGAGUGCCCCGAAAAGAAGUGCAGGAAUAUCGCUUUUUCUUCGCGCUUGUUGCGUAACUUUUGAAGUAGAUGGGUGGAACCGGAACAUAAUCACGACACGACACUCCCGAAAGGAAAAGCGCACUUCGCAACAGAAUUACGCUAUAUCGGCAAAAGUGUGGCACAGAGCAGAGGAGUGAGGAACUUCUGAAGGAAGACCGUAAACAACACGCUCGAGAAACUCUGUUCUGUGUUCGUCGUGGUGAGACAUUCCUGUGGUGCGUUAGCCUGUAUUAAGCCGCCGCGAUUGUAAGACACGGAUUCUUCUCCUCGUUGUCCUCCACAUUGUGCGUGUUGCAAAACACAGCUGCCCCCACCCGCACGCUGUGUCUGAGUUGCAGUUAGUGGGACGGCGUUCCUCGUGAUCAGCCAAGUGGAAGCACUCCUGACUGACAGUGCGUGAAAUCCUCCGCGACUUGAACGCUCGAAGCGAGGCUUCUUUUCUGCUCGACGACUGAUAAACAGGAGCCAAGUCACCCGUUCAAUCCAUCCUUUAUCACAGAUUCUCAUGCCUGUUUACCUCGUGGAAGCCAGUAGCGGCAAACUCCUCUCUUGAACCAUGACUUCCAGCGUGGGCCUUCUAAUGGACACACCGAGCAGCACAGUCGUGUCGCAAUUUCUUAGCGGCAGCGUCAUGUUUGAUGUAGUUGAAAACACGACGUCUGCGCGCCUCGCCCCCUUCAUGGGCGACGCGAACGACUCAAACAUCACGGGGACUCCUGACCACUCUGUCGUGGCUGCUGGUGGUAGCGGCGUCGCAGGAGCUGGAGACGCCGUCCUAUCGAUCGCUGUGCCGCUUCCGGAAGCUGUGGCCACUGUGCUGGUACUCUCGGCCAUCGUGGCCGGAACGGUGUUCGGCAACGUACUCGUCGUGCUCGCUAUAUUCACCUACAGGCCCCUUCGUAGCGUGCAGAACAUGUUCAUUGUGUCUCUCGCCGUCGCCGACAUUGCAGUGGCACUCCUGGUGAUGCCCUUCAACGUGGCUUACUCCAUCAUGGGUCGGUGGGUGUUCGGCUUGCACAUGUGCGAGCUGUGGCUCACCUGCGACGUUCUGUGCUGCACGGCUUCCAUCUUAAACCUGUGCGCGAUAGCGCUGGACCGAUACUGGGCCAUCCACGACCCCAUCAACUACGCGCAGAAGCGCACGCUGCGGAGGGUGCUGCUCUCCAUCGUGCUGGUGUGGGCCAUCAGCGCGCUCAUCUCUGUGCCGCCCCUGAUUGGCUGGAACGACUGGCCCGAACAGUUCGACGAGACGUCACCCUGCCAGCUGACCGAGGAGCGCGGUUACGUGCUCUACUCAGCCACUGGCUCCUUCUUCGCCCCCCUGCUCAUCAUGACCAUCGUGUACUUCAAAAUCUACCUGGCCACCAGGCGACGGCUCCGAAAGCGUGCCAAGGCAGUGGCGGCCACACUACAGGUGAAGCCUUCAGCGCUGCAGUCCCUGCCGCCUGCCGCGCACGAAAACUCGUCGGCGGACUCUCCGCAGACCGAGCAAAGCCCAAUCGAUCCGGACAUGGACAGCGUGACGGCGAUCCGCACAGACGAUGUUCCGGACGUCCGCGGAAAGACCCAGCAGAACGGUGGCAACGGUGCUGCUAGACUGGGCCCGUGCAGGGCCUCUCCCAACGUGAAGCAGUACAUGGAAGAGCGUCAGCGCAUCUCGCUCUCCAAGGAGCGGCGUGCGGCACGUGUGCUGGGCAUUGUCAUGGGAGUGUUUGUGUUGUGCUGGCUUCCUUUCUUCCUCAUGUACGUCAUCUUGCCCUUCUGCCCGCAGUGCAGCAUCGCACCAAAGACGGUAAACUUCAUCACCUGGCUGGGUUACGUGAACUCUGCUCUGAACCCCGUGAUCUACACCGUUUUCAACAAUGACUUUCGGAAGGCCUUUCUCAAGAUCCUCUGCCGUCGGCGCAGCUGAGCUCACAAUAGGUCAACAGUGCUGUUGGAAGGUUUUCAUUCGAUACACGUACCCGUAACGUAAACUUGAGGACAAAGGGUUCGGCCAUGGUGCGACACAGUCCCUUUGUGAAACACUUUCGUGCUUUGGGUAAUCAGUCACUUGGUGCCGGCCGCUUUUUGAGCAUGCUGGCCGGAAAAAGAAAGAAAUGUUUAUGACGCAUUUCCUUUGUGACAGCGUUGAACAGCGUCGAGGUGUCUUCCAAGUUGUAACGCUUAACGGCGGUGGCAAGGACAGUUUGACAUAUACAAUUGUCAAACAGCGCAUUGAGUAUUGGAGGCUGCUUUCGUUGGUUCAGCCUCGUCAGCAGGCGAAGCUCUCUCAGUCUCAUUCCGAAUGGAAAAUUUGAAAACAGCUGAUGGUAAUUAAGAACUAAGCACUUUCGUGUAUAUGUCUCGUAGUAACGUAUGUAAAUUAAAGUUUGCCAAACGUAGCUUCCGUGAGUACAUACUUGUGUUCGGUAAUUUUAGUAACCGCUCCAGAUACGCACAACGUUACUCCUCUUAGCGGGAAUUGUUGUCUCUGGAGAAUAAACAUUUGCCGUUUCAUUAUGGCAAAGAAUUUUGAAGAAUGCGUGAGACAUUAAUUGACCGAGUCUAUAUCAUUGCCGAUUAACCGAACUUAUCUCCAUGAAAAUGCUUUCAAGAUUACGAAAUAUCUCUCGCAUAUGGUUUCAGCUGAUAAACAGCAGCUAUAUUAAGAGUACACCCUUUGAAAAAAUGCGGUGCCUUCAAGACCCGACGGACGCCAUUUCAACUAUAAGAGUUGAGCUGUUAAAUAACUGUGGUGCUCAUUAUGUGUUAUGUUUCAUGCAUGUCUACGUGCUUAUUUGUUUCAUUACGAAGCAUGCCUGUAGAAAUUUUGACAGUGCUCUUGAAGACAUUGUACAGCUAGUACGUCACCAGUGCUCGUUGAAAGUAUCAAAACGACCUGGAUCGUUGUAUGCGAAAUGUCAUUUCAAGGCAAUUGUGUGCCUACGUAACAUGGCAGGAGUGAAAGGUAUAUUUGUGAUAUGUAUAUGUAUAUGGCUCUGUAAUUGCGUGUCUAGAAUUUUCGGAGCGAAUGAGUAUAUUGAAGUGGUUGAUGUUGUCAUUUAUCCCUCGUAUCCAAAACGACAUUGUCAACAUCUGUUUAGUAAGUUGAAUUUAAAAAUUAUUUUUCGUCAGCACGGAUACCUAGUUGUUACUUCGUUUCCAUUCAAAUUACGCCAACACCAGCGCGUUUGUGACACAUUCGAUGAUUAACUGUCAUUGCAUAACAUGUGGUGCCAUCUUGCGCAGCGCUAUUACCAAGUUCCCCCAAUGCAAGGCUCAAACACAGAUGUAUGAUAUACAUUUGAAAGUCUUUAAACGGUUUUGCAUAUUUAUUUUUUAUUAUUAGGUUACACAAAACAAUACCUUCAAAAGCCCGUACAGCUGCCUACGAAAACUACAGAAUGGGUAAACGCUAUAAAGUUCGAAUGCUUCGUGGUGUGAACAUGCUGCUGGACGUUGAAAAAGUGUACACAUGAACGUUGAAAGCCCAGGACUCUAGUGGAAAUCAGCUAUUUCCAAGCAGUAUGCUUAGGUCACCAGAUGCUUGAGCUUUGUACCGUUCAGCAUUCCUACAUAUCUUGUGCAAUUUAGAGCCAUAAGAACUUAGCGCAGCUUAAACGAACCAGCUAGUUAAACUAGAAACCUCUGUGACAUUUUCUGAUUUGUUACCAUUGUGUUCUGUUAGCUAGGCCACCAAUUAUAUUCUAAAAUAAUUAAGCUUACAAGCAGAAGGGUUGUAUCAUGUAAACAUCCUUCUCCUUUUAUUGCGUUCCUUUCUUAACAACCGCCGCAAUGAAUGGUGAUGUACCGGCAAAUUACCAACGAAAAGAAAAACUAAAUAAAAGGAAUCAUGACAUAAUAGAGCCCCUGCUCAACUUUUUUGGUAGCUGGCGCGCGAACGGUUGCAUUAGCUGUCGUUCAGCGUUUCAUAUUUACCACCUAAUACAGCAUGUAGGAGCUUCCGCCCGACUCUUCAUCUGUGAUUUCAGUUCUCCGUGAGUAGACAUUAAAGCAUGAGAGUGAGUGUAUUUAUGUGCACGUGUGUGUUCAUACUCGUUGAACGUAAAAUUGUCGAAUUGUAGUUCCCCCGUUUACCUGUUCUAUGUGAAACCCAAUGAAUUGUUAAAAUCUAGUAGGUAUUGUAAUCUAUAAGAAUUGUUAAAUCUUAAGUCUAUAAACACUGUGUCGCAUGCGCAUUCAUUUUCUGGAAAUUUUCGGGGUUGUAACUUCGGUAAACAUAAUGCACAUUUUUAACGUUCAAUUUCUUAACACCCUUUAUGGUAACAAAUGGUCAGCUAUGAGAAAGAAAUGAGGAUAAUUAAUUUUAUUCUUGCUCGAGCAUUUAAACCCUGCAACGUAUCGAAAAGACCUCCCAACGCUCCUCUUGCAAUAGACACUCAAUAAAUCACUGUAGCCCAUUUGUUACCACAUUUUCAUGCUCAAGGAAUUAUGUGCGUGGAAAUUAGGUGCAUAUAUAGGACUCCUUAAAAAACCUAUUUAUUUUGAGCACACAAGCUACGAUAUCUAGGAACGCAGCAAUGCUGUCAACGUAGUGAAAAUUGGAGACUUUUUUACUUAAUUCUACAGUGUCAUGCAUGAGGAAGAGGGAGGUGGGGGCAGGGCAGUACAUAAAGCAGAAUACAAUGCCUUAUUAGCGGAUAUCACCAUGAAUGUGCUCAACAUUAAAGUAAAUAAUUAAAAUUUUAGUGGCCACGGUGAAAAAUUAACAUUUCAUAACUAAAGUAAUGAAAAUAUUGCGGUGCUUGUUGAACAGAUCUUGAAGCACACUAUCACACACACAAAGAUUACAGAAGGACAGACAAGACAACACUUCUGUUUGCCUGUCUAUAACAUGCUGUUCGUGUACAGGUGUUGAAGAUGUCUUCAACAUGAACUUUAACCAACCAAUAUGAGUCGCCAUGAUGUUGCAUUGCUGUGCUAAUUGGAAUUGUGUUUGGGCCAUAAUUUUGUGCUUUCUUAGACGAAGAAAAAUAAAUGAAGGGGAAGAAUAAACAUCUUAUACGUGGUCGAAA